ACAGGAAAUGGGGUUAGGCCGAGUGCCGGCGCUGGGAGGCAGCUGAGAAGAGCGGAGGGCUGCCGCUGGAAAACGUGAGGAAGAGCCACGAUGUUCCGGAUCGAGGGCCUUGCGCCGAAGCUGGACCCGGAGGAGAUGAAACGGAAGAUGCGCGAGGAUGUGAUCUCCUCCAUACGGAAUUUCCUCAUCUAUGUGGCCCUGCUGCGAGUCACUCCUUUUAUCUUAAAGAAAUUGGACAGCAUAUGAAGAGUGGCUUCACGUGUGAAUGCAUGAUAUGAAGAACCUGGUUACAGUUUCUACUGCUAUCUGCAGAUGAAUAGACCCAGAAAGAUGUAAGAGACUCUUUGAUUAAAUGGACGUAAAAAUUCUACUUGUUAAGAACAAGUUUGGCUCUGGUAACUGACCUUUAUAGCUAAAAGAUAAAACUAUUUGGGAAGUAUGAAGAGACGUACCUGUGAUAUUCAGCCUCGGUGAAUGUUGGUGUUAUUGUACAUGAUGUCAGACUCCGUUUUCUAGCAAGUAUUAAUUAUAAGGGAAUUAUGUCUGCAA